AGCAAACGGGGAAGCAGCGUGUACGUGGAAGCUGGGCCUAAGCCCUGACGGUUCACGUGAGCUCCCUGGGUGAUGGCUCCUUCCAUGUGUUCUUACAUCCCACUGGAAGCAAGCUGCAAUUUCUGUUGCUUCUUGUAUCAAUUGCAUGAAAGGAAGGGCAGUUUCUUUUGAUCCUCUGGCAUGCCAAGGCCUGAGUGCCAGUCCUGGGAGCCUUACCAGCCCUCUAGGAAGAAUCAGAAGCCUGACCGGGCGGGAGGUCCUGACGCCCUUCCCAGGACUGGGCACUGCAGCGGCCCCAGCACAGGGCGGGGCCCACCUGAAGCAGUGCGACCUGCUGAAGCUGUCCCGGCGGCAGAAGCAGCUCUGCCGGAGGGAGCCUGGCCUGGCUGAGACCCUGCGGGACGCUGCGCACCUCGGCCUGCUUGAGUGCCAGUUCCAGUUCCGGCAUGAGCGCUGGAACUGUAGCCUGGAGGGCAGGACGGGCCUGCUCAAGAGAGGCUUCAAAGAGACAGCUUUCCUGUAUGCGGUGUCCUCUGCCGCCCUAACCCACACCCUGGCCCGGGCCUGCAGCGCUGGGCGCAUGGAGCGCUGCACCUGUGAUGACUCUCCGGGGCUGGAGAGCCGGCAGGCCUGGCAGUGGGGCGUGUGUGGUGACAACCUCAAGUACAGCACCAAGUUUCUGAGCAACUUCCUGGGGUCCAAGAGAGGAAACAAGGACCUGCGGGCACGGGCAGACGCCCACAACACCCACGUGGGCAUCAAGGCUGUGAAGAGUGGCCUCAGGACGACGUGUAAGUGCCAUGGCGUGUCAGGCUCCUGUGCCGUGCGCACCUGCUGGAAGCAGCUCUCCCCGUUCCGUGAGACGGGCCAGGUGCUGAAACUGCGCUAUGACUCGGCUGUCAAGGUGUCCAGUGCCACCAAUGAGGCCUUGGGCCGCCUAGAGCUGUGGACCCCUUCCAGGCAGGGCAGCCCCACCAAAGGCCUGGCCCCAAGGUCUGGGGACCUGGUCUACAUGGAGGACUCGCCCAGCUUCUGCCGGCCCAGCAAGUACUCGCCUGGCACGGCAGGUAGGGUGUGCUCCCGGGAGGCCAGCUGCAGCAGCCUGUGCUGCGGGCGGGGCUAUGACACCCAGAGCCGCCUGGUGGCCUUCUCCUGCCACUGCCAGGUGCAGUGGUGCUGCUACGUGGAGUGCCAGCAAUGUGUGCAGGAGGAGCUUGUGUACACCUGCAAGCACUAGGCCUACUGCCCAGCAAGCCAGUCUGGCACUGCCAGGACCUCCCGUGGCACCCAUCCAGCUGCCCAGCCGGCCUGCUGGGCAGGCAGUCAUCACAUAUGUGCAUAAACCGGCAUGUGUGCCAAUGCACACAAGUGUGCCGCUCACCACCAUUCCUUGGCCAGCCUUUUGCCUCCUUUGAUACUCAACAAAGAGAAGCAAAGCCUCAUCCCUGAACCCAAGCAUCUCCAACCUUGUUGAGGACUUGGAGAGGAGGGCAGAGUGAGAAAGAUGUGGAGGGAAAUAAGGGAGACCAAGAGCACACCAGGACUGAAGUUUUGGAGGGGAGAGAGGGGCUAUUCCAUCUUGCUUCCUGG